AUGGUUCUUUCACUUCUCAGCUGCCUCAAUUUCAGGGAAGUAUCUGCUUCCUUGUGCUGAGUCGGACUCUGCCAAGGGCUUUUUUCCAAAGAUACAAGCAGGAAGAUAGGAGGAAGCAGCAGGAGAGACAGGGAGAGCGUGUACAGCGUUCCUGGAGUGCCUCUAGUGUCCCAGCACUAUCUCUGAGAGAGAGAGAGAGAGAGAGAGAGAGAGGGAGAGAAUGAGGGUGGGAGGAAUAAGGGGUCAGUCCAGGGAUUGUCCUUGAUGGGAGAGGAACGACUCCUGUAUCUGUGUGAGGAAUAAGUGUCUGUGUGUGGAUGUAUGUUUUGUUCGCGUACUGAUGUUUCGGGUCAUUUUUUACCCUGUGCAUCAAUCCACUGCCAUGAGUCGGACCACCUUUUUUGAGGUGAAGAUCCUGGAUGCCAAGACCAAAGAGCAGCUUUGUUUUUUAGAUAAGGUGGAUCCCCGGUCAACAAUAAGAGACAUCAAGAGCCUCUUUCACAAAGCAUGGGGUGUUUGAUCCGCUCAGAUCCUCGCUGGUAUCCAGCUAGACAGGCCCUGAUGCUUGAUGCCAAGGAAAAAUCCCUCCGAGACGAGGAAGUCUUACAGAAUCUACCUGUUGGGACAACUGCCACCAUGUACUUCACAGAUCUUGGUCCUCAGUUGGGUUGGACCGUGGUGUUUCUUGCCGAGUGCAUUGGGCCACUUCUCAUCUACCUCCUCUUCUAUUUUCGAGUACCGUACAUUUACUCACACAAUUAUGCCUUUACCUCCAGUCCUCAUCCUGUUGUCAGAAUAGCCUUUGCCUGUCACACCUUCCACUACGUGAAGAGGUUGAUAGAGACUAUAUUUGUGCAUCGUUUCUCCCACGGGACCAUGCCUCUCAGGACAAUCGUCAGGAAUUGUGUCUAUUACUGGGGUUUCUCAGCUUGGUUGGCCUACUAUAUCAACCAUCCUCUUUACACACCGCCAUCAUAUGGGGAACUACAAAUCAACUAUGCAUUAGUCAUAUUCGUGAUGUGUGAGCUGGGGAACUUCUCCAUUCACUUGACUCUUAAUAAUCUCAAAGGGGAGGGAUCCAGGAGCAGACGGUUUCCUGAGCCAACAAAGAACCCCUUUACAUGGCUAUUCAUCUUUGUAUCUUGUCCCAACUACUCAUAUGAGCUGGGAGCUUGGGUGGGCUUUUCCAUUAUGACCCAGUGUCUGCCAGUGGCAUUUUAUACGUUAUUGGGGUUCAUUCAGAUGACCAUCUGGGCCAAAGGGAAGCACAGGGCCUACAGCAGAGAGUUCAAGGACUAUCCCACGCUGCGGAUGGCUAUUAUCCCCCUGAUUCUCUGACAGAGAUCAAAACAUGAACUAUUGCAGCAAAUACCGUGUGUAUAUUACAUACCGUGUGUGCUUUUCACAAAAACAAAGAGGUUUGCUGCUGCUGAGGUCAGCAUUUUGAAAGUUUUUGUUUAUCUAUGAACCGAAAGCAGUGCAAAUUGGAGUGAUAAUAUCCUAGCAAUAUAGUUAUAAUUAUUUAAAGAUAGAUGUUUGGAACCCAUCAAAUAAAAAAACCAGUUUCUUCGAGAGUCUGUGUUUAUGACUUAACUUUUUUUAAUAUAUUUGUCUCCUUCAGGACUUCAUCUUUUUAGCAACACUUAUUCAAACAUUCUAAACUUCACCAACUCACAGGUCUUUGCUUUUCAAGUGCAAAAGAUAACACAUCCACUAGCUUGUAUUAAAGUGCCUAUCCAAGCAAACAAGCAGAUAGAAAUGUAAAAUGUCAUUAGAGACUGGAACAUUGCUUUUAGGUUAAGCUGACAAAGCCAACAUUUAAUUAUGCAAAUAUAAGCUUGUCCACCGUAAAUCUAAGAUUAUUUUCAGAGGAAAGUGGAAAAGUGAAACUUCUGUCAAUGUAUCGAGGGCUUUUUAAAUGGUCAGUGAUAAUUGCUAUCAGUGCUUGUCUGGCACUUUCUGUCAUAUCUCAGGUUUUUAUUUAACUGUCAAACGGUGUUUUGUACAGAUGAGAAUGUGAGUAAUCUCAAGCAAUUAUCCUGUAAAACCAAUCGAACAGAAUGUCUGGGGAAAAAACAUCUUAUGAAGAAAUGUUACUUUAUUUGACAUGGUGAUCCUCUAAGGAACAUCACUUUGGUGCGUUCCUCUUAUGAUACCAGGUGCUGGUGAAUGCAGAUAGUUUACCAAAGUUAAGCACGUAUGUACUGUAAUAAAGCGCAAAGCCUGAACAGACAAUGGUGGAAAAUAAUAUCACACAAUAUUACAAUUGUUCCAUAGCAGCAAGAGGACCAUGUAAAGACCAUAAGUUUCAUUGCACUAGCAGAAAGUCUUUGUAAGAAUAAUAAUGUUAUCUCAAUAAAGUGCUAAGGCUUUG